AUGACUAGCAUUAAGGUUGCCCUUGCCGGAGCUAGCGGAAACCUCGGUCCUGCAGUGCUCAAGGAGCUGCUCGCCGCAGGCUUUGACGUGACUGUCCUUACUCGACAAGGUAGCGAUAAGACCUUUGACUCCCGUGCCCACGUUGCACAGGUGGACUAUGAGUCCCUCGACUCGCUCAAGGCCGCUCUGUCCGGCCAGGAUGUUGUUGUCAGCACUUUGAAUGUUGGCGCAGUUCCCAAGUCCACCCAUGUGCGCUUGAUCGAUGCAGCAGCAGCAACUGGUGUUAAGAGAAUUAUCCCUUCUGAAUACGGGUGCGACACCACAAAUGCCCUCACUGCUAAAUUGCCUGUCUUUGGCGAUAAGGUCAGCGUUCAGGAGCAUCUCAAGAACGUCGCUCAGCAGUCUGGUCUCAGCUACUCGCUGCUCAUUACUGGCCCCUUCCUCGACUGGGGUCUUCAGCACAACUUCGUGCUCAAUCUGGCUGGCCCGGCUGCGCUCUACGAUGGCGGUGAUCGUCGUUUUAGCUCAACCACGCUCGGUGGCAUCGGCAAGGGAGUUGUUGGAAUCAUCAACAACCUUGAAGCCACAAAGAACUCCCCUGUUUAUAUCGAGGAGGCUAGGGUCACGCAGAAUGAGCUGCUGGAAUUGUCCGGCAAGAGCAUUGAGAAGAAUGUUGUUAAGACCACAGACCUGGAACAGGAUGCUUUCGCAGAAUUGGCUAAGCCGGCCCCCAACCCAGCAAUCUUUGCAACUAAAUUCAUUUUGCGGGCUAUCUUUGGUGAAGGAUUUGGUUCUCUUUUCAAUUCUGAGAAGCUUUCUAACGAUUUGUUUGGCCUGAAGACUCUGUCCAAGGAGGAAAUCCGUGGCCUUAUCCCCCAUGAUUUGUCUACGGCAUAUACAAAGCUCAAUCCGAAACAAAAGCUCCACGUCGUGCGGGAGGGGCCACAGACCAUCCUUCCAAAGCUUUGGAAACAUUGGGGUGUGACACAUCUCGUUUUUGAAAAGGACACUGAUGCGUAUGCUCGAGACCGAGAUAACGCGGUCAUGCAUAUGGCGCAGAAGGCUGGUGUCGAAGUGAUUGUCAAAAUGGGUCGGACUCUGUUUGAUCCCGAUGAGGUUGUGCGGAAAAACAAUGGCAAACCAACCAUGAGCAUCACCCAACUGGAAAAGGCUGCAGUGAAAAUCAACAAUGGCAACCCGGAAAAGCCACUAGAUUCCCCUAAAAGCAUUCCUGAUCCUUGGGGUGAGGAACGUAUGGACUUGGGUAGUCUCAAACGAGAGUCUAUUGAUAGCCAGCCGGACUUGAAUGCGGAACACCGUACCAAGAAAGAUGAACAAUAUGCUGAUCUUAUGGGUCCCUCGAGGGACUUUGCUGUUCCUUGGCAAGACAUCGGCAUUGAUCUUUCCCAAGCGACCACUCCCCACCGAGGAGGCGAGCAAGAAGCGUUGAGAAUACUAGGGGAAUGUAUCAAAAAUGAGGAUUAUAUCGGCAGGUUUGAAAAACCCAAUACAUCGCCAGCCGAUUUCGAGCCCCAGUCAACAACUUUAUUAUCCCCUCAUCUUCAUUUUGGCUCGCUUUCUGUGCGGAAGUUUUGGUGGGAUGUUCAAGGCGUUUUAACCAAACAACGAAAAGCCAAAAAGCCAGUCUCGACUGUGCCCACCAAUCUCCCUGGCCAGCUGCUCUUCCGCGAUAUGUACUUCGCUGCCCAAGCACCUCUUGGGCAUGCGUUCUCCUACACAUAUGGAAACGAGGUUGCUAGAUUCAUCGACUGGCGUCUUCAAACAAACCCUCCCAAUCAGGAUGGGUCGAUCGACGGGUCCUACGAAGUUGACUCGCAAGAAGCAGAGGAAUGGUUUCAACGGUGGAAGGAUGGUCGUACCGGAUUCCCAUGGAUCGAUGCUUUGAUGCGCCAACUGAGGCAGGAGGGCUGGAUCCACCAUCUAGGAAGACACAGCGUUGCCUGCUUUCUGACUCGAGGUGGGUGUUAUGUAUCAUGGGAACGGGGUGCAGAGGUGUUUGAGGAAUUGUUGAUAGAUCACGAAGUCGCCUGCAACGUGGGAAAUUGGAUGUGGCUCUCCUGCACGGCAUUUUUCGCUCAAUUCUACCGCUGCUACUCGCCUAUCGCGUUCGGAAAGAAGUGGGAUCCAGAAGGCUCUCUUAUCAGAAAGUAUUGUCCCGAGCUGGCCAAAUUUGACAAAAAGCACAUAUACGAGCCGUGGAAAGCCCCCAUUGCAGAUCAGAGGAAAUGGGGAUGCAGGAUCACUGGAGAUGGCAGUUCCUCUAGCUCCGAGGACUCUGCACACACGUAUCCAAAGCCAAUGUUCGAUUUCAAUGAGCGAAGGGAGAUAUGCCUGGCUGGCAUGAAACACGCUUACGGUGUUGGGUUACACGGCAAUGACACCAAGGUCAAAGAUGGCUCUUGGAAGAAAGAAUUUGCAAAUGAUGGAGAAGAAGCUGGAGGUAAUAGACCUUCAAAAAGACAAAAGACAUAG